UGUGUUUGUUGUAUCUAUAUCUCUUAAUAACAACCUCUCUCUCUCUCUUCUUUCUCUUCUUUCUUACUUUUUGGGGGCAGAUUAUAGAGAGAGAGAGAGAGAGAAAAAUGAUCUCAGUCAUGGAUCGGAAUUCUUCGUUUCUCACGCCAUUGAAGAAGCUGCACCUGUAUUUUCAAUGAAGCUUUUUCUUCAUUUCUCCACGGUUAUUCUUCUCCUGUUUGCCUUCUAAUCCUCCGAUCGAGGGUUUCUUCCUUUUCCCCUUCCUUCGAUAGUUUGAUGCUGGAGAGUCAUGCCGACAUUUACAGCUUUAGCUCUGGAUAGACUGAUAGAACCUGGAACUGCAAAGUCCAUGGUACCACCGAGAAAUUCCACCGACUCGAAACUCGAGAGGAGACAUAGCACUCCUUACUCUACUGAAGAUGUGGUAAUCGUUUCUUCUGGUUCAAAGGUGGAAAGAGGGGCCAGCAUUCCUCCACUCCCGAAGAUUGAAAGAGGAGUUAGCGUUCCUCCUAACACAAAUCUUGAAAGGGGAGUUAAUAUUCCUCCUAAUCCGAAGCUCGGUUGGAAAAAUGGUGCAAUAAAUACAACCACAUCAGUUGCAGAUAAGAAGCACCAAUGGGCUCAAUUCUCACCAGCACUCUAUGCCACUCCCAUAUCCACCCCACUUCCCGAUUCUCCGUCUUCAUUCCCACCAUCGCCUUACGUUAUUAAUCACAAGCGAAGGGGUCCACGACUCAUGAAGAGUUUCUCCGAGGAUGAUGUUUCGUCUUGGAAACAGGGUACUGAUGAGAUUAAGGUGGAUGGAAAUGGGAACUCUGCUGAAAAAGAGAUAGUAAGUGUGUCUAAGGAUGAUAGUUGUGUUCCUACUAGGGUUCUUGAUUCGACUAUAGAUGGUGAUAUCGAACCAUCUGUCACUGGAGAUGACAAGGAAAAACAUUUGAAUGGAGGUUGUAAUGGUGAACAUGGAAGCAGUGAUAUGGGAAAUGGUCCGUCGGGGCAAAAUGGUCUUAUCAAGUCUGUUGAAUUUAAUUUGCAGCAAGAUGGUGAUGUUGAUUAUUUUGUCGACCCACAGGAUUCAAUGAGUGUUAAGAGCAUUAGUGAAAGUGAGGGUAAUUUUGGAGCAGAACGGACUCUGAAUUCUACAACACCAAUGGCUGAAUUCUAUGAUGCUUGGGAAGAAUUGUCGUCAGAGAAUGGGCCGCAGCUUCCAAUGCCUGAUUUUGAAAGUGAAUUGCGUGAAAUACGAUUGACUUUAUUGAUGGAGAUAGAAAAGAGGAAGCAGGCUGAAGAAACCUUAAAUAGUGUGCGAUACCAGUGGCAGAGGAUCCGUGAAGAAUUAUCGCUUGUAGGGUUGACACUCCCCGUAGAUCCAACUACUUUACCAGAAGAUGGUGCUGAUUUUGCAGCAGAUGUGUGCCAACAAGUAUAUCUUGCUCGGUUUGUGUCUAACUCGGUUGGGAGGGGAACUGCAAAGGCUGAGGCUGAGAUGGAGAUGGAAGCUCAAAUAAAGCUGAAGAAUGUCGAGAUUGCUCGUUUAUGGGACAGGCUUCAUUAUUAUGAAGCAGUGAACCGAGAGAUGUCUCAGAGAAACCAAGAAGUUGUAGAAACGGCAAGGCAACUAAGGCAAAGAAGGAAGAAAAUAAGAAAAUGGGUGUGGGGAUCUAUUUCUACUGCAGUUGCACUCGGUUCAGCUUACGUAGCAUAUUCUUACUUCCACACUCCCAAAGAAGGUUCAUCUUCUUCCAAAACCCUAUCGAAUGCUCAUGAGGUUGACCACAAGUCGAACUAGUCAAACUCCAAAUCUUAUAGCAUAGUUGCAGGCUAUAUAUAGCAUAGAAAGAAAUAACCAAAACAAAACAGGGGGUCGAAAUAACCAUCUUGUUAAUACCAACAUUUUUUCAUUUUCCUUUUUACUGUUGGUUUUCCUACUGCAGAAUAUGUAUAAAUUCAAUAAAAACAUACUGUAAAAAAAUGCCAGUAUAUACUUGUACAUGCUUUCUCCAUUUGAGAUUGUUCGACACCGACAUAUUAGAGCACGUACCCUGUGUGGUGUGUAGGUCCGUGAUAUAUGGCUUGCGAUAAAUAAAGUUGUGUUUUUCUUA